UUCUUUCAAUUUGGGUGACAGAGAAAACGUUGUUCACUUUACUCUCCUUAUUGACACGGCCAUGAGUAGGGAAUAACCUGCAAAUUCAACAGUCCAACGGAUCGUUGGGUGUGGGGACGGUGAGUCCCACCAAAUGGGCAGAAUAAAUAAAGCUGCAAGUCUCGCACGUGCUCUCACGUCGAGCGCAGGCUGAAGCUCGAAACAAUGCGUACGCUUGAUGCGGAAGCAGAGUCGGAUCGUCUUCGCUUCGGAGAUAUUCGAUAAAGUUGGAUGGUCUUCUUUACCGCGCUUCCCUAAUUUCAACAAAAAUUCUCAAGAUCGACCGGUCUACGAAGAUCCUCACGAUGCGCCCAGUAGGUAAUCCCCCCACAGAGUCCGCCCUCUUCUCGUUUGGUCCUACAAGAACGUAAAGCCGUCGUCCGCCCAAGGUGGUGGAGUGCUGGGGAUUUCAGGGUCAUCAAUGGGCUCCCUCAGUCUUCUUUCUCCUCCGUCAUCCCAUCCGAUUAUCCAAUGCCGGCAUCGGCCGGCCGACAAUACGAUUUCCGAGGUAAGACAAGGUCGGCACCACGGCCGUUCCAGCCUGCUGGGUCGGAGAGUUGAUCAAGGUUCCGGUUUCUCAUCUCGAGCGAACGAGUCCGUCUCUCCGAUGAUAUUUGCUGCGAGGCAGAGUAGCACAGUUGACUUUGCUUUCAAGAAAUUUGCUUGGCCUUCCCCUGAUGAUGAGGUCCCUUUCUGGAAAAGGGACUUUCCUGUAUGGAAUCCAACUUUAGAUGCUACCGCAGAUGUACCUCAGGAUCCUGAUCCUCUGCAUAUUAUCCAUGUUACAGCUGAAAUGGCUCCUAUAGCAAAAGUUGGUGGACUGGGAGAUGUUGUGACUGGUCUUUCUCGUGCUUCUAUGUUGCGUGGUCACAAAGUGGAGGUUAUGCUUCCUUUCUAUGAAUGUAUACAAAAGCAUCAGGUGAAGGGUUUAAAAUUGGUAAAUGAGUAUAAAUCAUACCACAACGGUGACUGGAUAUGUACACGUGCAUAUAGUGGGCUAGUUUCUGGAAUUCCAGUAAUUCUUAUUGAGCCAGCCAAUCAAUUUUUCAAGGGUCAAAAUGUCUAUGGAGGUUGCUACAAUGAGCUGGAAGCAUAUUUAUUCUUUAGUCGUGCCUGUCUUGAAUGGAUGCAGGUGGCUGGGGUUCAAUCUGAUAUUAUUCAUGUCCAUGAAUGGCAAACUGCUGGGUUGCCUCUUCUAUACUGGGAUAUGUAUCAUAACCUUUCCAUUAAGAAACCGAGAAUACUUUUAACCAUACACAACAUGGAGCAUUAUGGGGAGUGCAGGGUUGAACAGCUCAGUAUGUGUGGUCUUGAUGGAUCUGUUUAUGCUGUUAUUGACAAGGCUGUUGAUGAUCGAACUAUUGGGCAUAAUCCUGAAAGACUAAGCUUAUUGAAGGGUGGGAUUGUUUACAGCAAUGCUGUGGUCACCGUCUCUCCAACAUAUUUAAAUGAAACACUAUGUUCUGGUUGGCUUACAAGCACACUGCUGCGGAAUCGUGAGAAGUAUUUUGGUAUUCUGAAUGGCAUUGAUACUGCAGUAUGGAAUCCAGCUACAGAUGUUUUUUUACCAGCCAAUUUCUCUGACGAUGCUGAAGGAAAAUCCAUCUGCAAACACUAUGUGCAGAAAGGACUUGGUUUAGAUCCUGGUCUUCUUCAGCCAAAUAUGCAGGCUCCAUUAGUUGUUUGUAUCACUAGACUGGUUGCUCAGAAGGGUCUCCAUCUGAUUAGACAUGCUUUAAGACGUGUAGAAGAACUUAGAGGGCAAAUGGUUUUGCUUGGCAAGGCAUCAGAUAAUCGAGUUCAGAAGGAGUUUGAAGACUUAGCAAACACAUAUAACAAAGGAAGCAACAUCAGAAUUCUUCUCACAUAUAGUGAAGAAUUGUCCCACAUGCUUUAUGCAGCAGCGGAUAUGGUUCUUGUUCCUUCCAUGUAUGAGCCUUGUGGACUUGCACAAAUGAUUGGAAUGCGUUAUGGAGCUAUUCCCAUUGUCAGGAAAACAGGUGGUCUUGCAGACACCGUGUUUGACUUGGAUGAUCAAUUAAACACUGAGAAGGCUAACGGGUUUGUAUUUGAAGGAAUAGAUGAAGGGUCGUUGAACAGGGCGCUUGAACGGGCUUUCACUUUAUACAACGAAAAUCCAAGUGCAUGGAGCGAGGUUGUUUCAAGGGUUAUGAAAAUCGAUAAUAGUUGGGAUAACACGGCUAGGAAAUAUAUCGAGGUCUACAACAGUGUAAGAGUAAGAUUAUAGUCAUUUAGUGUUCCGAUGUAUGGUUAUGUGCAUGAGAAACAGAUGCAUGAUAUAUUAAUUGGGAUGAUGUAAGUGGGAAAAGAUUUGAGAAUGCUCCUGUAAGUUCAGUAUAUAAAUCAUUGGUUCUUUUCCUGGCA